ACAUCCCACGUGAGUUCGUGCCAUCCCCGCAAGCAAACGCGUCGACUUGCCAAGUUUGCCUUCACGCGUUACAUUCACAAUUUUUGUUUGACUGCCAGCAUGCAGGUGAAUCAGUAUCCAUAGUCAAUCGCGUCUCCUGGCCCUCUUUCCUUCCAUAAAGACUUCUGUUUCUCAGAUGGUCUCAAACUUUCUGCUAGAUUUAUCGAAAUUUGCUCCUCACGCGUCAACAACAAUCCGUCAGGAUGGCUGAGCCAAAGAACCUGAUCGCCAAAGUCAGCAAGUACGUCGAGGAGUACAUGUCACACUAUGAUGGGUCCCACGAUUUCUGCCACAUUAAGAGAGUUCUGGGUCUCUCCCAUCAGAUCUACGACGAGCUCACUUCGCCCUCAAACAAGCCCUCUUCCUCUGACUCGUCGGCUUCUGCUCAACCUCUCGAUCCUUUGAUCAUUACCCUGUCUGCUCUGCUUCACGAUGUCGGCGACAAGAAGUAUCUCCGAGACGACGAAGACCACGAGACUCUAGCCCACAACGUCCUCAUGAAGUGCGGUGCCUCUCCAGCACUCGCGCAGAAAGUCCAAGUCAUCUGCCUCGGCGUCUCCUAUAGUUCCGAAAUCAAGGACAUCCAAUACGUGCAAGGCUUGAUCGCGAGAUGUCCAGAGCUGGCUGUGGUUCAAGAUGCCGAUCGUCUCGACGCCCUCGGUGCCGUUGGCGUAGGACGAGUAUUCACCUUCGGCGGAGCGAAGGCAGAGCGCAACAUGGAGGAAUCCAUGGCGGUGCUGGAGAAGAAGUUGCUCAAGUUGCAGGGAAUGAUGAAGACGGGCCCAGGCAAGAGAAUGGCCAUGGAGAAGACCGAGAAGCUGAGGAUAUUUCGGGCAUGGUGGGACGAGGAAUGCCGUGCGGAGCAGUUUGGUGCUUCAGUUCUGGAUGCCGCAACGGAUGAAUAGCGAAAGUUCGUAAGAUAAGAUAGACAGGUUGGAUUUGGUGUCUUUUCUGGAACUUUUGGAGAUUUGGGCCUGGCGCCAGUUUGCUGAGAUACCCCUAGACUUUAAUACAUAAGCGUUGGCUUCUGGAGCAGGCUCCUUCCAUCCUUUUCGAUAAUCCUUCUUCUGAAACCGAUAUAUAACACUGGAU